CGGCCUGGGCCCUGCAUUCUUCAUUCUUCUCAUUGGUGGAGUCUGAUGUGUGCAGAGCUCCCAGCUAAUCUCAGAAGAAUGUCAGCUACAGGCGCACAUGUGUCCCAUUAAGUCCAGAUCUGCGUAAAUAGUAUAACAUGCACCAGCUUACGUUACAGGUAACUGUACCCCCACAGCUGUGCCUUUGGCUUUACGGUGCCCCGCCAGCCCGGUCUAUAAAAGGCAACGCUCGGAUCUAAUGAGCAGCUUGUGAGGCCGCGGAAAGGGAACUUUGGAAUAAAAAACAAAUGUGGAGACGUUUUUGAUACGACAGAAAUCUCAGAGACGAAACUAAAACCUUAUUUCUACCGGACACUGAAACGUUGUUGUUACUGGUUUAACAUGCACACAUGCAUCACUGGCUCUGUGCUCAUCGUCGCGCUUGCGCUGAUUGGCUCCAUCCUGCUAAGUGACAGCACGGCGUUUGCGUUUGCCGUCGCCCGUGGGGGAAGUCCCGCUCGUCCUCGCUGAAAAAACUGAUACAAAGUUCAGAGGAUGCCAGUUUCUUCCUGAUGCGGUGCAGCAUCUUCCUGUGGCUGCACGCCGAAGCUAGCUAGAAGCAGUGGGUUGCAGUGACAUGGACGAAGCAGCACUCUCUGCACUGUGUGUGUGAGUGUGUGUAGCAGAAUAAAUCCUCAGGUUCGCUUUAUAGCCAGCGUAGUGAAAAUGAUUGGCUCCCAUGUGAUUUUUGGCAUGUUUCCCUUUAAAUCACACCUGAACAAGCAGUCAGAUUUAACAUAACAUGUUCGCCAUCAAUCAGCAUUAAACCUUGACUUCAGGGACUCUAAUGAACACAGCUGGUGGCGCGUGAACACUUGAUGUACAGUAGAGGGACUAUUCGUACAUCUUUGCAGAAAAAUAAUUUGAUCAAGCAAAGGAAUUUGUCUGGAACCCAGGAAGCCGACAGUGGAUGCUACGCUGCUGUGUGUCAACAGCUGUUGAAAAGCACAGGGAAGCACCGGGAGAAAUUUUCUUUUUGAAGUAUGUAGGUGUGGUUAAAGAGAAAAAUAGCGAUGCCACCAGGAUCCUUGAUUCUUUGUCAAGAUAAUUGCUGCUCAAUUGGCCUCUUCUAGACUUGAGGUUUGAAGGGAAGCUGUUGUAAGUGUGGGCUUCAAGGUCACUGUCAGAGAGAAGCAACAGUUCACAUCCACCAUUUCUGCUACUUCAGACACAAAGAACUUUGUUUGGGUUGAUGGGAUCAAGAUGCGUGCAUUAAAAACUGGGUUCAGAACAUUCUGAAGAACAUCAAAAUCAAGGUUCUGGCGUGGCCCUACGCCCAGAUCUGUUUUAAUGACAACCUACCACAUGCCCCAGAACCAUACAGUCUGAAUGGAAGAAUGGGCGAAGGGUCGGAACCAUCAUCUUUGUCUUGUUUUAUUUCAGCACAUCAGAAUUCACACAGCAAUUCAACCAUAAUCAGUUUUAGUUGAGGUCAUUUCCCUGAAAAAGGUUAAGGGUUUUGUUUGAUUUCAUAAAGGGAGGCAAUCAUUUUGUCCUUAACUCUGAGCGCAAAGAAGAGACUCGACAUGGUGCUGAAUGACAAACCGAAUCGCUUUUGGUGGAAGGAACGGUGACACUGUGCAAAGAGAGGCCUGAAAAAGCAAAAGGAAGGUGUCGGGGAACAAGUAUAGGGAACAAAGCUUGUUGCACUUGCAAACUGUUGUGAGCCAGCGAGGAAAUGUGCGGGGUUUGGCCGCCGCUGUUGUGGGUGCCAGCGCUGCUAAUGAGUCUGUCAGGGCCAGUUAGCGCAGCCAGGCCUGCGCGUGUCCCCUCCAGGCCGCAGACAGCUGUUAUUAGCCCGUAAUGGCAUGCCACGGGCCCAGAUUAGCCUGGCACACUGAAGAAAUAUCAAACAUUCACUUAUUGCAGCUUCUUUGCUGGUUAAUGCAUCCAUUCUGUGGGGCAUUUAUAGCGGUGACGCUGGCGAGCUAGCUAACAAUCCACCAACGAACAGGAACUGUGUGCUGUCAGACAGGGAGAAAAAGAAAGGUUUAGGCUGAUUAAAAGGUCGGGAUUUAGGCCAGAAGACUAAUUAUUGUAGAAAUCUACCCUAAAAGAGAAAAAUCAAUGCACGUGCAUGUUUGACAUUUCAAUAUCAAAGCUCAAAAUGGCGGCUGUGCCACUUUUAAAGUGUCGGCCGUUAGGGCGCGCGCUGCCGUAGACGAGUGCUCUUUUUAAUAACGCUGGGUCAUCAUUAUGCGAGGCGUAUCGACGAGAGGGCCACUGCUGUCCACUCAUCCGUUUUCACCUUUCAUAAUGAGCGCAGGAAAUCAAAACCUUACACAGCAAGCGCUAUCUGUGCCUCGGGGGAGAGCCUGCGCUGUAUACAGUGUGCGAUGAGCCCACACCAUCAGAUCGGCGGGCGGAGUUAAGCUCAGCAGGCUGCUCGCGGCGUAGAAAUCAAGCGCUCUGAGCCGGUUACUCCUUCAUUAUGGUUCAUGCACGGGGCCGUUACGUAAUCGGCCGCUCCAGAGAUGCCUUCCCACUCUCGGUGGUUAAAUAUAGGUAAAUAAUGCAUGUGUGGCUGCUUUCCAGGCCCUGCCCUUCAAUGCGUUUCUAGUGCGAUUGCAUCGGCGCCGAAUGGACAAAAGAAAGCGGGUAAAAAAUUAAAAGUGAGAGAGAGUUAGUAGCAGUAGAUGGCUUCGCUGUGUUUUCCCUCCGUAUAAUCCACAUCACAUACUCAUUAGCAGAUUGCAUGGAUCAAGUGUGUCAAACUCAUCAAGUACUAUACCGUACACCGCAGGCCGCCGUCUUAGUCAUUUCAAAAACAGAACAUCAUCAUUUAGGAGAAACGGUUUCUCUAUGACCAGCAGGCGCCAAAAUAAAAGCCAAAACGGAAGCAGAGCACGCAGCUGUGUCAUCAUUACCUACACGAGGGCUUAUCACUGCUGACCUGUGAAGAGUGACGUCAGUCCGACGAACAGCGUGAAGCGAGUAGAGCUAAGGAGGGAGAUUCGUAGUGAAUCCUGAGGGGGACCCCCCGCUGGGCCGGGGGCCCCACUGAGCGCCACCGUCUUUUCCCUGCAGGGGCUACUUGUUGCAAAUCAUUAGCUUCCAGCCACUGAGGCUUUUCUUCCAGGGUGUGUUAUACAGCUAAAGCGCACACAGGGAACACACACACACACACACACACACAUGCACUCAUGCAUGUGCUGUGUAAUGUAUAGAAAGAUGGAGUCAGUGGAGGACAAGGGCAGAGCUACCAAACACAACAGCUUAGCUCCAUUAGUGCCGCUGGUGAGCCGUCCUCAUCCAGUUAUUAUGUGUGGGACACCCGCACAUAAUAACUGGAUAAGGUGAGGAGAUUUAACAUGGCAGCUAAUGUUCAGGCUUCGUGACUUGACAGAAGUUUCCACAACUAACCCUCAAACAACAAAACGAGAACAACAAUGCCGUCAGAUUCCUGCACCGUGGAAAAGAAAACAGAAAGCAGAUACGCUGGUGCAGAUCGAGGUGUGAGACUCUACAGUUCCCUGCCCAUGCGCCCAAACCCCGACGGCAAGAGACUGCCCUCUACUGGGUUUGAUGGUGACAACAUGUACAUGAAUGAAAACAACCACGAGUUCCUCCAGCCAAACCAGAGUUACACGGGUCAGACUGCUGGCGGUGGGGGAGGAGGUGGAGGUGGCGGAAGCACCGGCGGCAACGGAGCCGGGGACGAAGACUACGAGAUCCCCCCCAUCACUCCGCCUAACCACCCCGAGCCUCCUCUGCUCCACCUGAUGGAGCACGACUCCGCCGGCUACCUCUGCCACUCGCUGCCACACAAUGGACUCAUCAACCCGUACUCGUACCCCGAGCUGCCCACACUCAUGAUGUCGAACAUGCUGGCACAGGACAGCCACCUCGUUUCCAGCCAAAUGCCCUCGAUGCAGGAGAUGGCUUUGCACCACCACCAACAGCAACACCAUCACCAGCACCCCGACGGCUCUCAUUUUGACCCCGCCCGUAACCACCCUAUGAUAAACAGCUCACCUCCGAUACUGCCCAACCCCAUGAGCGCACUGUCCCAGCUGAACCCCCAGCUCAGCCGGAGCGUGCUGCCUCAUGGCUCCCCCUCACCUCCCGGAAGUAAAUCAGCCACGCCCUCCCCCUCCAGCUCCAAUCAGGAAGAGGAGACUGAUCCUCAUUCGAAGAUCACAGGCGAGAAGCGGCCGUCUUCUGAGAUGAUGAAGCCCAAACCCAAGCCCCAAAAAAAGAAGAAAAAGAAGGACCCCAACGAGCCCACGAAGCCCGUUUCCGCCUACGCCUUGUUCUUCAGAGACACCCAGGCAGCCAUUAAGAGCCAGAAUCCCAACGCCACCUUUGGAGACGUGUCCAAGAUCGUGGCCUCCAUGUGGGACGGACUGGGCGAGGAGCAGAAGCAGAGCUACAAGAGGAAAACAGAGGCUGCUAAGAAGGAGUACCUGAAAGCCCUGGCCGCCUACAGAGCCAGUCUGGUUUCCAAGACGUAUAACGACCCGGUGGAGACCAAAGGCGCCCAGACGAGCCAGGCCUCUCCGCACAUGAUGUCAGCCAACCCACCCCUGUACAGCGUGCCACCCCCCCCCCAGCCGUCGUCGCCCUACCUGGGGCCGGGGGCCUUCCCCCUCGCCGAGCUGCAGAGCUACGCGGGACACGCCCCACGCCACGCCCUGUCGCAGACGCUCAGCCAAUCGCAGAUGCUGCCCAGCAUUAGUGCCUCUCCCCCCUCCUCCUUCCAGAUCAGCCCGCCCCUCCACCCCCACCAGCAGCUCUCCCUGCACCAGAGCUCGCUCCUCAACCAGCCUAUCCGCAUGCAGCAGGUCCAGUCCCAGCCAAUCAUCUCUCACCAGAUGGGGCUGCAGGCCUCCCUCCACUCCCCACCUCCUGGUCAGCAGGGUUUUUCCCAUCUCCAGUCAGAGUAUCAGAAGAGUAUUGGGGGAUCCCAGUCUCCCGGAGCCCCUGGCCCUGGUCCAGGCCCUGGAGUGGCUCAGAGCCAUGACUGGGACAGUGAAUACUGCAAUCGGGAGUGCGGCAACCACUGCAGUGGCAGCAUGAUAGGCAGGGACAAGCCCCUCUACCUCACCUGAAGCUGAAGAUCAUACUCUGUCGACAAGCGCGACGCCGAGGAGUCCUUCGCCCCUCCCCCGUCCUCCCCCCGCCCGUACCCCCCCCCCCCCUCUGAUGCACACACACAUACAUGCAACGCACAUGUAACAUACAACUACAUCGACUGCAACUACAAACGAACACAUUCCACAUCUCAGACACCCCCCCCCCCAUCACCACCACCACCACCACCACCACCUUCUGUCAAUGUAAUUAUUAUUUCUCUCAGUUUCUAGAAGAAUUUGUGAGCAGUUCUUUGACUAGAUGACUACUGUCUGUACCACUUAAUGUAUUAGCAGUUUAAAUUUGCCAAGCACUUAUACAGCUCCCCGACUCUCCCCCUCUCCCCUCCUCCUCCCGUACUCACUCUUGUAAGUUGUAUGUCUGUGCCGUGUCUCGGAGACAGGCUGGGCUGUUGAGCACUCCUCCUCUGUGUCACCAUCGAAGUCCCCUCAGGGACCCCAUCCAGCUUUAAUUAGAACCAGAAGAAACUAAAUAAUCUUCCUUUGUCUUUAAUCACAUUAAUUUCCUUUUGUAUUUUUCCUUUUUCUUAUUGUUAUUGUUGUUCCUGUUUUAUUUAUUUCUGGCUGGUAAAAUGAUUUCCCUCUUUUCUCUGCCAGUAAGCGUCGGGCCCUGUACUGUAGACAAAUAUUAACUCGUAGUAGGUUCAGAGCAGGCCUUGACGUUACGGUAGCUUCGCUUAGGGGCCUGCAAAUUAAUACAAAAAGCUUGGGUGGGGAAGAGAAACAAGACAAAAAGAAUCUUUUUUUUAUAUUAAAGACCUGUUGAGGUCUGCUGAGCUGUCACAGUGUGAUUGUAAAUAUCACUUUUAUGGGAUCAAAUUGGGGGAUUGGAAGUCCAGAUAGAUUUGUUUCUUCUUUAAUAUUACAUUGUGUGUGUGUGUGUGUGUGUGUGUGUGUGUGUGUGUGUGUGUGUGUGUGUGUGUGUGUGUGUGUGUGUGUGUGUGUGUGUGUGUGUGUGUGUGUGUGUGUGUGUGGACGUUAGAAUGUAUCCCAUUCAUACGUGCACAAAGACACGCCGAUCCGCAGGAGCGCCUCAGCGUCGGGGUGUCGAGUCUUUCUCGUGAAUUUUAACAGCCUUGUGCAGCUGGAUUUCAGAGGAGUAUUUCACACUCUCUUUCUUGCAUUAAAUCUGUGCUCACUGGUGUGUUUUUUUUCCAAUAAAGUUCAAUCCAAACCUGAAUACACAAUAUGUGUCCUGCAGAUCAUUAAAUGGAAAAAGAGCCAAGCGAGAGAUAGAGGAGGAAAGAGAUAGAGAGAGAUGCUAUGAGAUAAAAUGAGAUAUAAUGUUGCAGAUGGAAAAAAAAGAUGUUGCCUCAAAACGCCCUCCUUCUCUCCCGAUCCUUGUUUUGCCUGACCACAACGUCAGUUCCAUCUCCUCGACAAUGCAGACAUGAAGUAAUGAAAUAUGUGAAUGGAGCCAUCACAUCCACAUUACGGUGAAUUUUAUAAGUUUCUAGUUGGUGUUUGAUUGUUUUGAUCUCAUCUUUUUAACAUUCGUGUGAUUAACAGAAAUGCAUUUUGCUGACAAAGACAUCUGUUUUUAUCUUUUACUGUAGCAUAUUUUCAGUUUUAGUUGUUACAGAACUAUAGCAUUUUAAGUUGUGUAAAAAGAACCCUGCCAAUUGUACUUAUUUUAUUUGUAAAGCCAGUAAUGAUAAAUAUUUUAAAUGGUUAUCAAUAUAUUGUUUUCGCUAGUUGCCCAUCAGCCAUUUGACAGGUUUUCUUAUUUAUGAAAGAAAUUAGAUCACUUUUGCUUCUUACAAUGAAGGUGUAUUUUUAUUCUUAUUUUAUUUUAUUAUUUUUCUUCAGUUUGAUAAAAUUGAUUAUGACCUCGGCUAUGAUGUUGCUUUAUUUUUUACAUUUUGGAUGCUGCUCCUUUCUUUCCUUCGCUGGCAGCGUCCAUUGGUGUCACAACGCUUCUUUUAUUUUAAACCUGCAUAAUAAAAAAAAAAAAACAGAAAAAAAA